GACUCCAAUCCUGUUCCGCAUUUUGCACCCCAAUUGCGCACUCGCGCCCCAUCUCCGCUGUUCGCGACGCAUUCAUUUGGAAGUGCUGCUGCGGCCCUCUCGUAGUUCCUCGAUUCGAGUUUCCGAGUCUGGCUACGAGGAGAAACGCUGAAGUAGAGCGUAGAAAAGGAGACGUUGCUCGAGAGCGGUUUUUUCUUUUUUUCUUUUUUUUUUCUUUUCUUUUUUGUUGUUUGCCGCAGGAGCCGAGUCUUUAACACUCAGAUCUGGCCAUGGCGUCCUUGUACGCCAUGCGCCUGGUGGUCUGUCUGCUCUUACUGCCUUGUUUACAUGCACAGAAGCUGGAAAAUGGUGUGGAAGGAGCCCUCGCUGUUUCUGAGAGUGUCGACACCACUUGGGGUCGCAAUAAAUUAUUAAUGGACAAAAAUGAUGUCUUUUCCAAGAGGGAAGCUGUUGUAAGAGAAGCUGGAGGUGAUGAGGUUGCCGCAGCAGUUAGUGGCAAUGGAUUUACGGAUGCAACAUUCACUAGUCUUUCCAUGAUCUUAGUCAGUGAGAUCGGCGAUGAGACCUUUAUUAUUGCUGCGCUGAUGGCGAUGAGACAUCCCCGGGCUGUUGUACUCUCUGGAGCGUUGUCAGCUCUAAUCAUCAUGACUGUUUUAUCAACUGGACUCGGUGUGAUUGUGCCUAAUCUGAUCAACAAAAAUCUAGUCAACCAUUUUGCAACAGGACUUUACACCUUUUUUGGGUUCCGGCUUCUAUUCAUUGCAUAUACAGCUGAUAGCACUCCUCAGAAGGAGCUUGAGGAGGUUGAGGAAAAGCUAGAAGGAGGUCCAAAGAAGAAGAAUGUAGUUCGUCGCAUUUUCUCUCGAUUUUGUACCCCUGUUUAUCUUGAGUCAUUCAUUUUGACCUUUUUGGCAGAGUGGGGAGAUAGGAGUCAAAUUGCAACCAUUGCCCUGGGAGCACACAAAAACCCUUAUGGAGUGACGCUCGGUGCAAUUGUGGGGCACUCGAUUUGUACUUCUGUUGCUGUGGUGGGAGGACGACUUCUGGCAUUGAAAAUAUCACAACGUACUGUUGCAACCGUUGGAGGCUUUUUGUUUUUGUUUUUUGCAGUGAGCUCUUACUUCUACCCUCCGUUGUAACUGACAUUCCUUUCAUUCAAUUACACUAGACCCUUAUCAAUCCAUUUAAUUACUGAUCCCCAUGGUUCCUGAUGGCCCUGCCGCAGCGUUAUCCUACUGAAUCCUUUUUUGAAUAUUUAUAUUCAUCUUGCAUGUUGGUGAUGAAGGCCUUGAGCCUGCCCAACUGCAUCGUUUAGAACAGUUGAGGUUUGAGGGAUUUUCAAUCUAUCCCAAUUAGUCCCAUUUUCAGUUUUGGAUUCGAGCCCUUCUGAUCUCUGUUUAGGCACCUAGUUUUUUGUACUUUUGGGCAUUGAUUUGACUCUGUGCCAUUCAGUUCAGUUUAUUACAUGAACUGCUGGAUCAUUUUUAUGAUUUAAUAUUUGAUAUGGACCUUGCAAGGAGCAGAGGUUACCGGCA